ACGAAAACGAAGAGACUUCUACAUAUAAACACACGAAUCUAUAUAUAUAUAAGUUUGAAGUUUUGGAAUCUAUACGUCGUGACUCUGGAUCUGAUUCUCCCCCUUUGAACUCUCGAGGUUCUGAUUAAUUCUAAUUUGAAUUAAAGGAAUCACAAGUUAGUUAAAGGAGCUUGUGGCUCAAGUUUGAUGAGAUGAAGACAUCUAAGAGGUGGAGUCUUGGAAACCUACGAGACAUGGCGUCUUCUUUACCUGGACUUCCACGUCACCGUGCUCCUUCCAAGAGACGAGCACGUGUCUGGAUCCUCACGGCGUUAUUAUUGAUCACUUUCUUUGCUGUAGUUGCUUACAUGUACCCUCACCACAGCAAACGUGCUUGUUAUAUGAUAUCUUCGAGAGGGUGCAAGGCUUUAGCUGAUUGGCUUCCUCCUUCUCUGAGAGAAUAUUCUGAUGAUGAGAUUGCAGCUCGCGUUGUGAUUAGUGAGAUAUUGAGUAAUCCUCCUGUGAUUAGGAAAGAUUCCAAGAUUGCGUUCAUGUUCUUGACUCCUGGUGCGUUGCCUUUCGAGAGGCUAUGGGAUAGAUUCUUCCAGGGACAUGAAGGGAAGUUCUCUGUUUAUAUACAUGCGUCAAAGGAAAGGCCUGUUCAUUACAGUCGUUACUUUUUUAACCGUGAGAUUCGCAGUGAUGAGGUUGUGUGGGGGAGAAUAUCAAUGGUUGAUGCAGAGAGACGGUUGUUAGCUAAUGCUCUUAGAGACCCUACAAACCAGCAAUUUGUUUUACUCUCUGAUAGUUGUGUGCCUCUUCGAAGUUUUGAAUACAUUUACAACUACCUCAUGUACAGCAACGUCAGCUAUGUUGACUGCUUUGACGAUCCAGGUCAACAUGGAUCAGGCAGGCAUAUGAAUCACAUGCUGCCUGAAAUUCCCAAGAAGGAUUUUCGAAAGGGUGCACAGUGGUUCACCAUGAAGCGGCAACAUGCUGUAGCAACUAUGGCAGACAGUCUUUACUACUCCAAGUUCCGGGAUUACUGUGGGCCAGGUAUAGAGAACAACAAGAACUGCAUAGCUGAUGAACACUAUCUGCCAACAUUCUUUCAUAUGCUUGAUCCAACUGGCAUUUCUAACUGGACUGUAACACAAGUUGAUUGGUCUGAGAGAAAGUGGCAUCCCAAAACAUAUAUGCCUGAAGAUGUCACACACGAGUUACUAAACAACCUCACGUCUACUGACACAGUGGUACAUGUCACAAGUGUUGGAGCGGGUGAAGAAAUAUGGAUGCCUUGUAUGUGGAACGGAAUCAAAAGACCUUGCUACUUAUUUGGAAGGAAGUUUCACCCGGAUACGCUCGACAAGCUGUUGGAUCUCUUCUCAAAUUACACAAAAUCAGUCUCUUGGCAACUGUGAUUAAAAAGGGUAUUAUCUUCUUCUAUACACUUAAGAUUCUUUGACCAACGUUGGAUUCCUCAUCCACAUGACAUUGGAAGAGUUUUCUCAGAAAGAUCCAUAGAAGCUGUAACACUAGAUGUCUAGAAGCUUUAGGCGGUAUUGAGAACUUCUUUCAAUUGAUACUUCAUUUGGUUGGAGGGAGACGAUGGUUUUAUUUUUUCUCUACUCUGUUUUUCGGUAUAUCUCAUAUUGUUUACUUCCAAUUGUUGUGAAAAAAGAGAAUUUUUCGUCUUUCUUUUUGUGGAUAGAUUUAUAUUUUUUGUUCAGAAUGAUGAAGAACACAAACUUAUACAGGUUUAUAGAGUUUCUU